UAAAGUGAAAGAAAUUCGCAUAUGAUUCGCACUGCAUCUUGUUUGCGAAGUGGUGUUGCGAUAUUUUCGUAAUCUGUUAACUAGAUAGGAGUGCGACGUUGGAUGGUUCGAUUAUAAAUUAACUUUAUUCGACGGUGUGCGGUCGACGACCAUGACGACAGUGUAUCUAUGAAUUUUCAUGGUUUACGUUGUUUCGGAGUUUGUUUCGCAAAGUUCAAUAUUAUGAUUUAUAAAAGUUAAUUAUUUGUUAUCACAGUCAGUGUUUGAAAAGGUGACAACAUGCGGAUAAUAUCGAAGCAUUUCCAAAGCUUCGCCAAAAUGCUGGAUUUUUACUCGCAAUUUAAUCCGUCCCCCUUGUCCAUCAAAAAGUUCAUAGAUUUUGGAUUGAAUGCAUCCGAAGAGAAAUCGUACAUAUUUCUGCGCAAAGAAUUGCCCGUUCGCCUCGCAAACAUCAUGAAGGAGAUUGCCCUUUUGCCGGAGAACCUAUUGCGCAUGCCGUCGGUGAUGGCGGUAAACGAUUGGUACAUGCGCAGCUUCCACGAAAUUAUAGAAUUCGAGAAGAAGAACCCGUCGCCGGACACCCUCGAGCACUUUUGCAAUGAGUUGGUAAAGAUACGGAACCGCCAUUCGGACGUGGUGGAGACGAUGGCCCAGGGCGUGCUGGAACUGAAAGAAUCCCACGAUGUCGAUGUUCAUACGGAGCACAGCAUACAAUAUUUCCUGGAUAGGUUCUAUAUGUCCAGGAUCUCGAUCCGCAUGUUAAUUAACCAGCACAUUCAUUUAUUUUCAGCGUUACUGUUCGGCGGUCAACUGGAAAAUGCGCCGGGUCCUAAUAAGAGCAAGUACAUUGGCUGUAUAGACACCCAGUGCGACAUCGUCAGCGUGAUCAAAGACGCUUAUGAAAAUGCACGGUUCCUAUGCGACCAGUAUUAUCUGGCAUCGCCGGAUUUGAUAAUAAAGCAGGCGCAUCACAAUGAUUUAGAAAAGGAGCAAUAUAUCAAUAUCGUCUACGUACCCUCUCACCUCUAUCACAUGCUGUUCGAAUUAUUCAAGAAUUCAAUGAGAGCGGUAAUGGAGUAUCACAGUUCUGCUGAUCAGCAUCCGCCCAUUACCGUGACAGUAUCUAAGGGAAAGGAGGACAUAUGCCUGAAGAUGUCUGACCAAGGUGGUGGCAUAGGAAGGUCGACUACCGAUCAUUUGUUCAAAUAUAUGUACUCGACAGCGCCACAACCCAGCAAGUCUGACGCACAUACCGUGCCGCUGGCUGGAUACGGUUAUGGGCUGCCCAUAUCCCGCCUUUACGCUCGGUAUUUCCACGGGGACCUGGUGCUACUCUCGUGCGAGGGUUACGGCACUGACGCAGUCAUCUACAUGAAGGCAUUGUCCAACGAAGCCAACGAGUUAUUGCCAAUAUUCAACAAAACUACAUCAAAAUUCUAUCGGACGGCCAUACCAAUGGGUGAUUGGUCUAACCAAGCCACGCAUAUCGGCGACCGGCAGAUCAGCGUGAACCUACGCAAGCACCAGCUUCCUCAGUCGUGUGAACAAUCGUUGACGAGGGCCCUUUAAUAUUUACUCUUCCUCUGGACAGGGAUGGUUCGAAAGUGAUAUGGUUUGUACCAGUGGAGCAAAGCGCGAAAAUAAUUUAAGUAAAAUACUUCAGUUUGUUAUUUUUUAUAUUGUUGACACACAUAUAAUUGUUGCCCAGAUGGUUGAACGAUUUUUCUCUUAGUUCAAUUAAGCAAUAAAGAUUCACAGCAAUAGAGCUUGGCAAUCCGUUUAUGGAGUUAAGUGACUAAUGAGAAUUGAAUAUUUAUAUCCCAUGAUCCUCUUGUAACCUGUUUUUCAAUAAAGUAAAUAGGACUAUUUAUGUUUUUAAUAAGAAAAUUCUUAGCAAGGAAAGGUGAAUUUUGACAAGCUAUAACUGGAAAAACAUAACGUUUUUAAAUUUUUGUUGCAUGACUUAUUACCAUUAUUUUGUCACCUUGCAUCUUUCCUCCAAGUCUCCGAACACUUUGUAUAUUGGAUUUGUAGGCUACACAUAUUUUUUUUACAUUGAUACCAUCAUCAACCUUUAGACAUUUUUACAAAGGGGCAGAAUUAUGUUUCAACUGUAUAGGACACAACAUAGGUAAUAAGGGUAAAAAUAAACCCCUGUAAAUAGAUAUUAUUUGAAAUGUAUGUAGAUAUAUUUUUAUUUUACAUUGUCGCAAAUAAACAUUAAAUAAGCGAAGAAA